GGGAAUCGAACUGUGAAUUCCGGAAACUGCGCGCGCCGAGCCAAGAAGGUUCUUAACGGCGGUUGUGUUGCCAUGGGGCGGAGGAGAGUCCCGGCCGGUGGGUCGCUGGGACGGGCCCUUCUGCGCCAUCAGACUCAGCGGAGCCGAAGCCAUCGUCAUACUGACUCCUGGUUGCACACAAGUGAACUCAACGAUGGCUAUGAUUGGGGUCGUCUUAAUCUUCAGUCAGUGACUGAACAGAGCUCUCUUGAUGACUUCCUUGCUACUGCCGAACUCGCAGGAACAGAGUUUGUUGCUGAGAAACUCAAUAUUAAGUUUGUGACGGCUGAGGCUAGAACUGGACUGCUAUCUUUUGAGGAGAGCCAGAGAAUUAAGAAGCUCCACGAAGAAAAUAAACAGUUCUUGUGUAUACCAAGGAGACCAAACUGGGACAAAAACACUAGCCCAGAAGAACUCAAACAGGCAGAGAAAGAUAACUUUCUAGAAUGGAGACGUCAGCUUGUCCGGCUAGAAGAGGAACAAAAGCUGAUACUGACUCCAUUUGAACGAAAUUUGGACUUCUGGCGCCAGCUCUGGAGAGUCCUUGAGAGAAGUGAUAUUGUGGUCCAGAUAGUAGAUGCUCGAAACCCACUCCUGUUUAGAUGUGAGGAUUUGGAAUGUUAUGUGAAAGAAAUAGAUGCCAAUAAGGAAAACGUCAUUCUGAUCAACAAGGCAGACUUGCUGACUGCAGAGCAGCGGAGUGCCUGGGCCACACACUUUGAAAAAGAAGACGUGAAGGUUAUUUUCUGGUCAGCUUUGGCCGGAGACAUUCACCUGAAUGCUGACUCGGAGGAAGAGGUAAACAGAGAUGAUAGACAAAGCAACACAACUGAGUUUGAAAACUCCACUUUCGACGAGGCUGAAAUUUCACACAGUGAGACCGAACAUCUCCCAGCCAGGGACUCUCCUUCACUUAGUGAAAAUCCCACUACUGAUGAAGAUGACAGUGAGUAUGAGGACUGUCAGGAGGAAGAGGAAGAUGACUGGCAGACAUGUUCAGAAGAAGACAGUCCUGAUGAAGAGGACUGUGGCCAGGACUGGAAGGAAAGCUGUAUGACAGACUGUGAGGCUCCGGGCAGGAACACCCGGCAGAAGAGGCAGAUACACAACUUUAGCCAUCUGGUAUCAAAGCAGGAGUUACUAGAGCUUUUUAAGGAGCUACACACCGGGAAGAAGGUGAAAGAUGGGCAACUUACAGUCGGACUGGUGGGUUACCCUAAUGUUGGUAAGAGUUCAACAAUCAACACCAUCAUGGGCAACAAGAAAGUAUCUGUGUCUGCCACCCCUGGUCACACGAAGCACUUUCAGACACUCUAUGUGGAGCCUGGCCUCUGCCUAUGUGACUGCCCAGGCUUGGUGAUGCCAUCUUUUGUGUCUACCAAGGCAGAAAUGACUUGCAGUGGAAUCCUCCCAAUUGAUCAGAUGAGAGAUCACGUUCCACCUGUAUCAUUAGUUUGCCAGAAUAUUCCAAGACAUGUUUUAGAAGUUACCUAUGGGAUUAAUAUCAUAAAGCCUAGAGAGGAUGAAGAUCCCCACCGGCCUCCAACAUCAGAAGAACUGUUAACAGCUUAUGGAUAUAUGCGAGGAUUCAUGACAGCGCAUGGACAGCCAGACCAGCCUCGAUCUGCACGCUAUAUCCUGAAGGACUAUGUCAGUGGUAAGCUGCUGUACUGCCAUCCUCCUCCUGGAAGAGAUCCUGUAACUUUUCAGCAUCAACACCAGCGACUCCUAGAGAGCAAAACAAAUGGCGAUGAAAUAAAAAUGCAGCCAGGCAGAAAUAAAAAAGCAAAGCAGAUUGAAAAUAUAGUUGAUAAAACUUUUUUCCAUCAAGAGAAUGUGAGAGCUUUGACCAAAGGAGUCCAGGCUGUGAUGGGUUACAAGCCCGGGAGCGGGGUAGUGACUGCGGCUCCUGCGAGCUCUGAGAAUGGGGCAGGGAAGCCCUGGAAGAAACAUGGCAACAGAAAUAAAAAAGAAAAAAGUCGUAGACUCUACAAGCACCUGGACAUGUGAUGUUGGGCUACAACAGAAUGUCAUCUGCACCGUGCAGAUGGGAAAGAGCAGAAGCCGCUGGCUGCCUAUGGAACUGUUCCAGGACACUGGCACUGUAGAAGGGGCCUGCUCUUGGGGAGCCCAGCUGCACCUGAUAGUCGUGUCAAGACUGAGGGCCUCCUGGAAACACCAGCUCUCACUAAAAGGAGUUAUAGGGGAGCCCUAGAAACCUCCUGGCAAUGCAGCGUUUCACGUGCCAACAUGGUGAAACUCCAGCGAACCACCAUCUCUACUAAAAAUACAA